AUGGACUACACCAAAGCCCAUGAAGUUAUGCCCUCUCUCUCUGAGAAACGCCAAAUCCCUAAUACUAAUAUGCAAGAUGUCUCUGAUUCAGGUAUGGAGAUGGAGGAUAAUGGGAGUGCCAAAUCUCUUGUUGAUCCUUAUUAUAAGUCAGUUGAAGAGGAGGAGAUGGCUCAACCAGACAUGCCUGUUUAUAGCAGCCUCAAAAAUGAAGUAAAUUGUGGAGUUCAAACACAAUGCAAUGUUUCAGAUGAAUCGUGGCAUAUCGAAAUGCAGAGUAUGUUCGAAUGUCCAAGUAAAAUGUGGCAAGUGUCAGAAAAUGUUUGUAUUUACAGAGUGCCUAAACCUAUAAUGAUUUCUAAACGACAAGCAUACACUCCUUUGGUUGUAGCGCUUGGGCCUUACCAUCAUUUUAAUGCUGAAUUCUCUACGAUGAAUUCACAUAAACUAGAAGCAGUCCGUAGAACACUAACAAGGCUUCAAAUAGAUUUGAGCACAUUGAUUUCAGAGAUUCAAAAGUUUGAGUGUAACAUCAGAGAGUGCUAUGAAGAAUCAAUAAACUUUGAUGGAAAGGCAUUAUCUCGGAUGAUGGCAAUGGAUGCUUGUUUUAUUGUUGAAUUCUUUAGAUCGAAUGAAGCAAUUGCUUUCAGCCUUGUUUUUCAAAAUAAUAACACCAUGUUUUCUGCCAUAAUGAAUGAUAUCAUGAAGGUGGAAAAUCAAAUUCCUCUAUUUAUUCUCUUGGCUCUACUCGAGUUGGAAUUUAAAUCCCGAGAAGAUGCAACAACAAAGUUGGCUGAAUUGCUGAGUGUAUAUAAUGUGUUCAAUGGAUUUCCCUUUUCAGUUUCACGACCUGAUAGUCCUAAUACAUCAGAACUUAAGAGGCACAUAGAGAAGGAACGACCUCCACGCCAUCUACUUGAUUUGUCUAGAUUGGUCGUUAAUGAUCUGUUAAUAAGUACAAGUGCGGAAUCGGGUAUUGCUGUUGAAACUGAGAUAACAGGUAUUGCUGUUGAAAGUGACCGCUCUGGUGGCAACAAUGACCAUGGACGCUGUUGGCGGUCGAUGAAUAUGAAACUACCUGAUAGGCUCCGACAACUCAACUGCAUGAAUAUGUUUCCUCGUCUUGAUAGGAAUCUUUCUUUCAAUGAGGUGUCAAUCCCAAGUGCCUAUUUAUUAGGCCAGGCUGGAAUCGAAUUUAAACCAGGCCAAUUGGGAUUUGAAAAGGGGAUAUCCGGAAAACGUACUGUUUUACUCCCUGAAGUCCACUUAUGGGAUAGCACAGAAACAGUGCUACGGAACCUGAUGGUUUUUGAAGAGUGUCAAUAUUGCUCAUGGUUUCCAGAAGAUAAAUGCUUAAACAAUAGUUUUUAUUAUGAGAAUUGUUAUGAAGAUUUAAAUAAUUCUAUUAGAUAA